GCUGUGAGACUUAGCUAAUGAUUUUGGGGGUGGGGUCCAUUUUUAUUGGUCUUUCUGCUUUCCACCCCCUAUUGUAAUGUAGCUUAGUUUGUCCCAAUAUGGCUGUUCUUCUCUUGUGAAGAAAGAUGAUGUGAAACUUGACAAGGUGACUUCUAGGUGAUGGAGUUUAAUGGAAAGCCAAUUAUCUUCUGCGAAUAUGAUGAUGAAUUCACAUUAGGAGAUGGCUAUGAUGAAGGCAACCAGCUCAGUCUUGGAAAUGACGGGAUUUUUCUGGUGACGUUUUUCAUUGCAUUUAUAUUUAACUGGAUUGGAUUCUUUUUAUCCUUCUGCUCAACCAACACCAUUGCAGGCAGAUAUGGAGCCAUUUCGGGUUUUGGGCUGUCUCUUAUAAAGUGGAUUCUUAUCGUAAGGUUCUCCGAUUAUUUUAUCGGCUAUUUUGAAGGGAAAAUUUGGCUCUGGUGGAUUUUUCUUGUUGUCGGGUUUGUGCUUUUUACAAGAGGUUUUGUCAACUAUGCAAAAGUUCGGAAGAUGACUGCCAAAAUCGCCAGUUUGAAAAAGUCAAGAUAUUAUCCGGAAUAUUUCCUCCCGUAACACCCUGCUUCGCUGCGUGGUGACUUUGUUGAAAAAAACUGGAACAAGGAUUGCAAAUCUUAUGGGAUGAAUUAAAAAGUUAAAAAAUGCUUUUCUAUGGGUGGCUUGACUUUCCAAGCCACAUGAAAAAUAAUCUACUAGGUGCAGUAUGCUUUCUAGUUGUGCUUCUUUCGAAUAAGGCUACCAAAACAUGCAAUUAAGCAGUUAAUUCCUCACAAACACCCUUUCUCAUUCUGGUUUUCUGAAAUCAUAUUCAUUGCUUAAUGAAUUAUGGAUGGGGUAAGCCAAUGCUGAAUUUCACCAAAAGAGGGCAGUGUUGCUUUUGUUUUGUGAUGAAAGGGAUUAGAAUUUGCAAACUAAAUUCAGAAUAGACUGGACUUCUUAAAAAUGUAAUUUAUCAUUCAAAAGUUUUCAAUUGUAUGAUUAAUACAAAUUGAAUUGCAAUUUGUUUUAAGGAUAUUCUGAGUAAAGACAUUUGAUUGUGCAAUUUAAAAUGUCCUAUCUAUAUUUCCUACUACAUACUGGUGUAGUUGAACCCAUCUGGGAAUGCGAUAAGGGGUAUGACAACUGACCUCAGUGUUCCUUGUUUAGGAAUAGGAGAAAUCAGUCAUUGAGUCACUCCUGCUCAAUAUCUGGUCCUGCUGACAAUUUACAUCUGGCAGAGGUUAAACUAGAGACAAUGGAGAUGCUUAGCACAGUCUAAUAACCUUUCAACAGCGCUAUCAAGAUUCACACACAAUCAGAUAUUGGGAACAGUUCUGAUGAAGAACAAGAGAGCUCAUAGAAUCAGGAUUUACCGAGAUAGAAACUUGAAAAUUGCAAGUAAACGUUACUUACAGGAUUCACUUUGUUGCUAAACAGAAAAUCCAUUAUAUUUAGAACAACUGCCACCUAGCCAGCUUCUGAUCAAUGUUACUUGAGUGAAAUUAUUGUCAAGUUAAAUUAUCUAAUCCUAAACAAUGAAAGUAAUUUGGAUUAAUGGAAGAGAGCAUUCUUGGACAGAACAGAACUUGCUGCACUUGGAAUCACUCUGCAUAUUAACAGAUAUAAAGGGUUAAUUCAGUAUUUAUAUUUUAACGUGUGCAUCAAUACCCUCUGAAUUUGGUCUCAGUAAUUUUAGCCCAUUUACAGUAAAGAGUUGCUGCCUCUGCUAAAACAACAGGGUUGAAUUUCAAAUGAGUGCAAUAAGUGUUUGCAGUUCUUAUCUCAGAGUAAUUUCAAAGCCUUUGGCUUUGUGAGGGCACAUUACAAUUCUUUCUCAGUUAGCUAACUGAAGAGUGCGUGAGUGUCAGAGCAUACACUAUAAUCACAUGUUCACCAGAUGACAAAUUUAUGAUUGAUAACGUGGAUUCAGAAACAACAUGCAUUUCUUAAUGUAAAACAUCCUUGCUGCUCAAACUUAAAAGACAUAAUACCCGCACCUUUAGACACAUAUUACUACAAAUAGUUGCAGAGUUCUUUCAAAACACCUUUAGUAUUAAUGAAUACAGUGCUAUUUUGCUGUGUAAUUUUAAUGGCUACUUGAAUGAAGUCAAAGUAGCAACGCAGAUGUUCUGUAUGCAGCAAGUUCUAUUCUGUCCAAGAACAAUUUAGUUCCAAUCUGUAUUGAUGUGUUGCUAAGGGAAAGCAGGUCUCACCUCCGUGCAUAUUUGUCAAACCAUUUCAACAUUUAUAAUGAAAAAAGAAGGACCUAUAUUUCAUGGAAUUCUCUCAAUCUCCUGACGUAACUUGGCAGAAGAUCACAUGGUCAUUUUUUUUUCGUUUAUGCAAUUUCACUACUUGCUGUGCUGAUCUGUGACUGGAAUUUCCCAUUGAUAACAUAAAAGUUGGCAGCAAACAUUACUGCAGCGAUCUCUUUCUGGUUUUAAUGAGGACAUGCCGGUGUUGGACUAGGGUGGACAAAGUUAAAAAUCACACACCACCAGGUUAUAGUCCAACAGGU